GGGAUAUUCUUGGAUUAUUUUAUUUACUACUGAUGCUGUUCCUCCUGUAUUAACUACUUGUUCCUGAACUACUCUUGGAUUACCAGCGGAGAAAGUCUUUGUGAAACUAGCGCUCUGCUACAAAUAGAGAUACAGGUGGGGCAUAAGGAGGUUUAAAACAUUCAAUACGGAUUGAUAAGGAUUUUUAUUCAAGUUAGUUUUCUUUUUAUGAUGUGGCAGCUGGCUAGCAAGCCUGGCAAUCAGCCACAUUAUUAACCCUCAUGCCACUGAGGUUUAUUAUUUUUUUUUUAUUUUUUUUAUUAAACUGUCAGCUAGAAUGCAAACAGCUCAGAUUUGUUAUUAAAAUUCAGGCCUGUAUUUUCAGCAGUCGUUCUGAUUUGCAAAAUCCAGAUAUUGAUAAAUGUCAUCAACAAUGUCCGCAGUCAGAAUUGCCCGUAUGUAGCGCGAUGCUUUUGCCCCAUUCAGACUUUAGUGAAUAACCAGGUCAAUCUCUAUCAUAAAAUUCUACCACAAAUGUUCUUCUGGCUGCACUAACCUCUCUUUAUGACCCUCUGUCAUUUCAUCCUGGGUAGUCAGUAUAUCUCUAUUACUCUCUGCAUUGUUCUGUUAUUUCACUGUGACUCAGCAUAAACUACCUUGAAUAUAAAUCAGUGGAAACAAAUGCAUCAUUCACACUGCCCUGAAACCAACACUUCUAGCUGACCAGUUAACAACAGAACUCUAAAAGUAGGCUCCAAACUAUUUAUUAUUAUAGGCUGCAAUUUUGUGUUUAAUUCUCACUUGCAAACUCUCAAUGUUUCUCUUUAUAAGUGUUUAUCUGGCGUAAAGUUUAACAAAAAUUAAUAUGUUUUUCACUCUGUCUUUAUUGUAUCUAAUUGAUGUUUUCUGGUGUUCAUUAUAGGAUUUGUGCUGAUUGGAAUACAAAAGAUAGACUAUGAUAGCCAGGGAAAACUGUUCACUUCUUGGCUAUGUAGGAGUACAUUUUGUAUUUUGGGUUUGUCAAUCACAAUUCUCAGUUUAUUAAAUAAACUUUUUGGUGUUUUCUUGAUGUGAUGUGCAUAUUUAUCUUUGCAUAGUAUUUGAAAAGUCCUACUUGUAUUAUUGUUUUUCCAUGUACUGAUCUUAUUAUGUAUCAUUGUGUUUAGUUUUCUGAAAUAUUCAUACAAUUUGUUGCAAUGUCUUAGUGUCUUUGUCUCACUUACUGUCAUCUUGUAACCUACAUAUUGUUUUCUUGCAGUGCCUGGAUAUACACUAACAUAUUUUCCUGUGAGAGGUGAAUAUAAUGCUUAUAAUUGUGCUGCAGGCAGUUGCAUAAUGUUUACAUAAAGCUAUUACUUGAAAGGUGGCAUAUAAUAUAGAAGAUCUGUGGUGAACAGGCAAUGGAAUUGUAAAUAUAGACAAGGACAGGGGAAAGAAAAAAAACACACCUCUUGAUUUGGACUAAAUGUUUAAAUUCUGUUUUAAUGUUUAUCACAUUUCACUGUUUAGUAAAAAGUCUUAACACAAAAGGCUUUUGAAAAGUUCUCUUGGUUUGAUCCUCUACAUUUUGCUGUUGAUUAUUGAAUCCUUAAAAUUAGUCUCAUUCUCAAAAUGAGUGUGUGAUAUAUUAAAAUUUAGGUAAGUGUAUAUACAAAUGUAAUUUAAAGACUUGAGAAAGUUGGCAGGAGGUGUACACUGCAUACGCUUACCUGAAGUUGGCUGCAGUGUUUUAUGUGUAGAGUGUUGUGACGGAAUGCAGUCACUGAGUACCAUGCCUACCCACUUGUCCAGUCACAUUGGACCCCAAGGACUUUGACUGUGGACUUGGUGAGGGGGAAGGGGGGAAUAUGUGAUGGGUGGCCUGAUUUGUUUGGCGCGGGCCACAGGCUUGUGGCACCAUUUUUUGACUGUUCUCCAUGUGUCUAGAUGUUGCUGUGUUGCGUGCCUGCUUUCUACAUAGAGCAGUGUGCGUCUGUAUAUGCAGUGGUGGGGGGCAGCAGCUCUAUAGACUGUAAAGUAUAGUUAGGUGUUAUAUGUAUUGCUUGUCUGUACCUCUCCACUAGUGAUGUCCCAAACGGUUCGCCACGACCGGUUCUCCGCGGACUCAUCAUUGAGUAAACUUUGACCCUGUACUUCACAGUCAGCAGACACAUUCCAGCCAAUCAGCAGCAGACCCUCCCUCCCAGACCCUCCCACCUCCUGGACAGCUCACUAAGAAUGCAGCUUCAAAAUGGAUGCUGUCCAGGAGGUGGGAGGGUCUGGGAGGGUGGGUCUGCUGCUGAUUGGCUGGAAUGUGUCUGCUGACUGUGAGGUACAGGGUCAAAGUUUACUCAAUGAUGAGUCCGCGGCGAACCGUUCGUGGUGAACCGUUCGGCAAACCAUUCGGGACAUCACUACUCUCUACCUUUCGUCUCCUGUCCUAUUGUUUCCCCGGCAGGGAGUUGUCCUAGGGAUACUGCCAGACCAGUUUAAACUAGCUGCUUUGUCCCUCCUCACUCUCCCAUCAGGAUCUUGGGAUUGAAACCCCUGUUGUAUUGUGUUGGAGACCAUAUUGUGCCAAAAAAAAAAAAAAAGUGUGACAAAAUAAACCUCAGUUGACUCCCAGAGCUAUAUUUCGUUUGGUUAUUGGGGGAAUGAAUGCCUGUAUGCUUUAAUGGUUCCAGGGUGGCUGAAGGAAGGAUUUAGUGGAGGUAACCUGUCGGGUUACCCGUGGUCUGCUACAACUGUGUCCUCAUUUUUCAUUUUACAAAAAGGUGCAGAUUUCAAUAGAAAUUGGCACUUUUAUAAAUUAACCUUGUUACACCACCUGCCUGUCAACGAGACAGCAUUGUUACUUCCUGGCUGUUUAGCUGAGUGGAUCUAAACUCAAAAGGCAGGAAAUUGCUCAGAACACCUGCAUUGGGAAGACCAUGAUUGAACAGCCACAGAACGUUUUGGCUGGGGAAGUAGGAGUGGGCUUGCAAAGGCUUCAGACAAGAGAUUGGCAGCUUAUAUGAGCACUUUAGAUAUACACCCAAGAAAAAUGCAUAGAUCUUUCUCAUAUAUACACACACUCAACAUUAUUUGGGCAGUGAAGUGUCCCAUUAACUCUCCUGGGGAUUUCUUUACAUUUAGAGUUUUGUUUUUUUAUACAUAACCUCAUAGUGUAUAUAUAAAAAUAUAAAUAAUUGUAUAUUUCCUGUGUCUUUAGGAAGGGCUGAACAUAUUAGACUGCUAUGCUGGGACCAAGGGAUCCCGUUGACUGAAGAUGAAGUGCAAAUGCAAGACUGGGCCUCAGGAAAAGAAAACCUCAAGAAAAAUGCAGUGAGUCAUCUCCUGCGUACGGUUGUAGUUCUACUACUUUGGUUUGUGUGGAUUCAAAACUUUUGUUGUUGUACUAGUUUUUUGCUUGCCUGUUUAGGGAACUCUAACAAACAUUCUGCAUUGGUACUUUUAUCCAUAUAUAACUUGCACAUUAAUGGAUUACUCAAACUAAAAACAGUACUUUAAUGGUGCAAGCUCUUCUCAAAAUAAAUAAAUAAAUAAAUAAUAAAAUAAAAAUUUGGGGGUAGGUCGGGAGGGAGAGGAAGUCUACAUACUCCAGGUAUCACGAUCCACCUGUGGUGAUGUAACUUCCACUUGCUGCAGGGAAGGAUUCCAGAGGACAGAAAGGAGGAUGUGAGCAGUGCCCGGAGAGACCUGCCACAAUUGGUUGUCUGUCUGAUGACCUAUGUAAACUGUCCACAGAAAUAACAGCAGAGGUCCAAGCUUGCUAAUGACUCGAAUGAGCUCUAAUGGUAAAGUUUUUUUUGUUGGUUUUUUUGCAUGUGCAGUGUAUCACAAACUACAAGCACUAUGACUAAUUAAUUCAAAUCAAUGAAGUAAUCAUGGUGCUUGGAGUGAUCACUUCAGAGAUUUGAAUUAGUCACGGUGCAUAUAUAUUCAAUACAAUGUUAAACAAAAAUCUGCACACCAGUCAAGCCAUAAGACUUGCUUUUCCUACAGAAAUCACAAAUUUGCAGUGAUGUUACUACCACAAAGGAUUCUGGGUGGGCAUAUGCAAAUUAGUUUAACGAAGAAUCACAUUUUUUGACUCAUUCCAAUUUAAACAUGGAUUCCUUAGAGUCUAUAUUUGCUGUAUACAACAGCUUUGAAACAACUUAGGAACAGAUGCAAAACCAGUAAACCACUCAUGGACAGCUGUUUCAUUGUUAAUGGAUCACUAUAGUGUCAGGAAAACAAACCUGUUUUUCUGACACUGUCAUCCUUGGGGGACCCUCACCUUAAGGGUCCCCCUCCUUUGGCGCUGAAGGGGUGAAAACCCCUUCAGCAGCCUACCUUAAUCCAGUGCCGGCUCCCUCCGUGCUGGUGACCUCUCCUCCCCAGCUAAUGUCAGCUCCCGAGUGGAGCGGGAUGCGCAUGCGAGGCAGGCCCACUCUGAUGUCAGACGCUGGAAGGAAGUGACUGCCACGGUCACUCCUCCCAGCAACCACCGGGAGUCGCGUGGGAGGAAGGAGUGGGAGUCAGAGUGGGAACUCUGACUCCCAUCAACCUGAGCCACUGAACUCCAGGGAAGUUACCCUCCUGCACCUAAAAGGUAGGUAAUAGUAGGAUGACAGAGAGUGAAAGUGUGUGUGUGUAUCAGUUUUGCACCGGGGGCCCAUGGAUUGUGUGUACACCACUUCCCACAGGCCAGUAGCAUACAAGGGAUGUUGGCAGCAGCAUUCUUCUAAAGAUUAAUAUAGCACUGGUGCAUAGAGACUUCCAAACAUUGUUGAUAAUACAUAUUUUAGAUGUAAUGCAUUCUUACGGUAGAAAGCUAUUUUGGUUAUCCUUUAUUUUCUCACCAGAUCUGUCAAGGAUUCUAAAGGCUGUCUCUACUCCCUUAGGGCUGUGACAAGUGUUUUCUUAUCCUGGAAACUAUCCUCUAGUCUCCUUGUGACUGAAACUCCUAUUGUGUUUUGAAUCUAGGUCACGAAAAAAUUAAAGGACUGCUAUAGUCACCCAGACCACUUCUGCGCAAUGAAGUGGCCUGGGUACCAGGUCUUAACCCUGCAGCUGUAAAUAAACUGCUAUGUUUACAUUGCAGGGUUAAUCCAGCCUCUUGUGGCUGUCUUCCUGACAAUCGCUAGAGGCGCAUCUGCGACGCUGAAUGCGAAAAAAAAAAAAAAACACAUUGAGCAUGCAGAACGUCCAUAGGAAAGCACUGAGUAAUGCUUUCCUUUGGGCGGUUUGAAUGCCCGCAGCUCUGGCCACGCAUGCAGCUCCACUCGGGAGCUGACGUCGGAGGGGGAGGAGAGGUCACCAGCACUGAGGGUGCCAAGCCCUGGAUUAAGGUAAGUGGCUGCAGGGGUUUUAACCCCUUCAGCUCAGCAGGAGGGGGGACACCCAAGGACUAUACAGUACCAGGAAAACUAGUUUGCUUUUCUGGAACUAUAGUGGUCCUUUAACAUAGCAAAUGUGGAGGGGGGGGGGAAAUCCGGGUGGGAGUGAUUAGUAAGAUUAAUAGAAUUGAAAGAUUAUAUUAUAUGAUAAUUGAUGAGGACAUUGUACCAAGGCCUGAAUUACAUAAGCAUCACCAAAACUUAUAUAAGGCAGGUACGACUCUGGAAUAAAAAAAAUAAAUUAAAAAAAAUAAAACACAAACAAACAUAGCAAAUGUGGUAGCAGAAAUUUGUACUUGCCAGAUACACGCUACCUAAAACCCUAUUUGUGUAUUUAUGUUACUAUAUUUGGACAUUUGCAAUUAAGGUUGUGGUCAAGAAGUCACCCAUACCAAUCUGUGGCAUUUUAGGUCAUGUAGGCAUCUGUAUGUGCAGAAGUCUGUGUGAAAGCCAGAUAACACCUAUUUAUUUUUUUUACAAUCUUUAUUUUAUGGGGGCAAGAGAGUUAGGCGGUACAGAAAAAGGCAGCAUAAUAAUACACAUCAUGAAUAUCGGAUCGCAAGCAGAUAUACUCCUUUGCAGAUCAGCCUCAUUUUUAAGAAUAACUACUAACCUGAACGCUUGUAUGCGGAUUAGGUGUUGAAGGCACGAUAGGUUGCAAGAAUCUUUAUGCAAAGCAGGAAACAGGCUAUAGCCUGGACUUCUGUUGAAUUGAGGGAAAUAUACUGCGUAUCCAGAUAGCAAUAACAAAAUUAGCUUUACAACUGGGCACGUAUUACUAUUAAAGAAGAAAAGAAGAAAAAGCUUAAAGGACCACUAUAGUGCCAGGAAAACAUACUUGUUUUCCUGGCACUAUAGUGCCCUGAGGGUGCCCCCACCCUCAGGGACCCCCUCCCGCCCGGCUCUGGAAAGGGGAAAAGGGGUUAAACGUACCUUUUUCCAGCGCUGGGCGGGGAGCUCUCCUCCUCCGAUCCUCCUCCUGGGCUGAAUGCGCACGCUUUCCAAUGCUUUCCUAUGGACGCGUGCGUGCUCUCACUGUGAAAAUCACAGUGAGAAGCACGCAAGCGCCUCUAGUGGCUGUCAAUGAGACAGCCACUAGAGGAUUAGGGGGAAGGCUUAACCCAUUCAUAAACAUAGCAGUUUCUCUUAAACUGCUAUGUUUAUGAAAAAAUGGGUUAACCCUAGCUGGACCAGGCACCCAGACCACCUCAUUAAGCUGAAGUGGUCUGGGUGCCUAGAGUGGUCCUUUAAUGGCUCUGCACCAAUAACAGGAGUUAUAUAAACCACUGGGGCUUACGACUUAACUAUUGCAAAUACUCUAAUAGAGUACAUCAACAGUAAAUAACAGCUGGAACGUUGCAGGUAAGUUGCAAAGUUUGGUCACUGAUGACACAAGCUGCAAGUGUGGUAAAUCGGCUGAUUCCUGAUGGAGUGUCCCAGCCUCUGCCACUCUCAGCUGCCUGGGUACACAGAUAGCAUAGUAGGACAUCUUGACACUUGGCCGGAUCUCAUGCCAGGUCUUGUGUAGCCAGGAGCUGGUGUAGUGGGCCACUGAACCAAGUUGAUUGUGCUUAGCUUCGGCCCAGUCGGCGGGAGUGUGGCCUCCAUCUUUGUGUAGCGCCAUCUAGUAAGGCCCCCCCCCUCCCGAUGUGGGUGGUGCACCCAAGUGGGUUUUUUGGCUUUAGGGUGGGUAUAUCACCCCGAUUUUAUCAAUUCAGAUUGGGAUCUUACACUGCACCCGUCCGACCAGUCUGAAGUUUAAGCUCCAUCCGUCCCCCAUAACACCUAUUUUAAUUCAGAUUAAUUAUCACAAAUUUGCUUUGGCACAGUGAGUUGAUUUCUCAUAGUUUUUAUAACUAAGGAAGACAUGCCGAAGUCAAUCUCGAGUUAUGCAAGUGAAAUAUAUGUAACAGUAAAUAUAAAAACCAUGUGAUAAUUUCAUUGUUUUAGUUCAAUUCUGCCCCCCCCCACCCCACCCUAAUAGUUUGUGUUAUUGCAAUAUUUAACAGGUCUUUGGUCAGCUACCUAAAUUUCUGGAUGGAGAUUUCAUUCUAUAUCAGAGUAAUACCAUUCUGAGGUACCUUGGGAGAAAACAUGGUAAGACAUUGGACUGGAAAGGAAACCACAAACUAUUCUUUGGUGUAUGAAAAUUGAUGCAGUGUAAAUAAGAAUGUAAUUCCAGGGCAUGUCCAGAAAGCUUGAAGUAUUGCAGAUUUUACUCCAAAAAUUGCCAUUGUCCAUUCCAUUAAUAAAUAGUAUAGUCUUAUUUUUUAUAUCCAUGUCUCCGGUCCAUAAAAUACUAUCUUGUCCAAUGCAGUGGUAUCUCUAGGAUUCAUUUUAGGGGGGGCACAUGGUGGGCCAGGGACUAAAGUAGGGGAGCACAUUUAACCCCGCCCUCACCGCAGUUUGACCCCGCCCCUGCCGCAUGUUAAGCCCUGCCCCCGUCACAAUGUGUUUUUUGUUUUUUUUUAAUAAUCUAUGGUGGAGAAUUCAUUAUUUUCCACCAAGGAUUAUUAAAAAACAAACACAUUUCCCUUGAUACAGUCCAUACACACACUGACAGACUGCUGAGUCCUUACACACAAAGACACACAGACUGCUGACCAUACACACACACACACCCACACCCAGACACACAGACUGCUGAGUCCAUACAAACACAGACUGCUGAGUCCACACACACACAGACUUCUGAGUCCAUACACACACAAAGACUGCUGAGUUCAUACACAGACACAAACACACGCAGACUGCGGAGUCUAUACACACAUACAUACACACACUGCUGAGUCCAUACACAGACUGCUGAGUCCAUACACACAUAGAGACACAAACACACGCAGACUGCGGAGUCUAUACACACAUACACACAGACUGCUGAGUCCAUACACACACACACACAAACACAGGCUGCUGAUUCCAUACACACAGAGACUGCUGAGUCCAUACACACAGACUGCUGAGUCCAUACACACAGACACACUGCUGAGUCCAUACACACACACUGCUGAGUCCAUACACACACAGACUGCUGAGUCCAUACACACAGACAGACUGCUGAGUCCAUACACACAGACUGCUGAGUUUAUACACACACACACACUGCUGAGUUCAUACACACACAGUGCUGAGUCCAUACACACAGACACACUGCUGAGUUCAUACACACAUACAGACUGCUGAGUCCAUACACACAGACAGACUGCUGAGUCCAUACACACACACAGUGCUGAGUCCAUACACACACAGUGCUGAGUCCAUACACACAGACACACUGCUGAGUCCAUACACACAUACAGACUGCUGAGUCAUACACACACAGACUUCUGAGUCCAUACACACACACACAGACUGCUGAGUCCAUACACACACACACAGAGACUGCUGAGUCCUUACACACACACACACACACAGACUGCUGAGUCCAUACACACAUACAUACUGCUGAGUCCAUACACACACACACACUGCUGAGUCCAUACACACAUAUAGACUGCUGAGUCAUACACACACACAGUGCUGAGUCCAUACACACAUACCGACUGCUGAGUCCAUACACACACAGUGCUGAGUCCAUACACACACACACACUGCUGAGUCAUACACACACAGUGCUGAGUCCAUACACACAUACAGACUGCUGAGUCCAUACACACACACACAGUGCUGAGUCCAUACACACAGACACACUGCUGAGUUCAUUCACACAUACAGACUGCGGAGUCCAUACACACACAGAGCUGAGUGCAUAUACACAGACAGACUGCUGAGUCCAUACACACACCCAUACAGACUGCUGAGUCCAUACACACAGACAGACUGCUGAGUCCAUACAUACACACAUUCAGACACAUACACACCUGAGCAUAUCAAGCCUACCUGUUGCUGGGGGUCAGACUUGCCUUUCCAGCAGCAGCAUGGUCUGCUGCUUAACGGCGGGGGCGGGGCUUAUGUGUGGGAGGUGGGGCUUUGUUUGGGGGCGGGGCCUGCAUGGGAGCCUGUCAGUGGUCCCUCCGACCACAGACAGCUCCCAGCACCGUUCCAGCUGAGCUCCUCUGCCCUGCAUUCCCUUCCCCGGGCUGUAACACACUGUUAUGUUACAGCCCGAGGGAAGAGAAUGUAAGAACAUGUUGCUGGCAUUUGGGGGGCAUGAUGUAUGGGGGGCCAUGGCCCCCUCUGGCCCCCUCUAGCGACACCACUGGUCCAAUGUAACGGACCGUUUCAGCACACAAGGUGUUAAAAUCCAUUUAGGUGAUAUUCCCCUUUUAAAUACAUGAACAGCUGCUGCAAGCACCAAUCUCCCGAAUGGCAAACACACGAAUUCACCAACUCCCGAACAGGAAACACACAAAUUCACCAACUCCUCAACACACCUGGCAGUCGCACUGUAACAGCAUACAAUCCAAUUCCCCCCAAGAAUGAGACGACACUUCGUUUGAGGGUCAAGCAGAACUGAUUUACUGGGGCUACCUGCCCAGCUUUUAUGCAGGUCUCCCACCUGGUGGACACUCCCCUAGGGGACCAGAUGGGAAACAUAUUGGUCAUUGACCAAUCACAAGCUUACAAUCCCACAAUGCAUCACGAUCCCUCCUCUCUGUCCUGGAGAGAAUUGGGAAGUAAUCCAAUUAUCUCCAAGGACAGAGGCAAAACUCCAUUAACCACAUGGCAGACAAACGACAAUAAAAGACAUAAAAUUACAUACUGUUACAUUUAUCACAUAGAACAUACAUAUUCUACCUAUCCCCAGAUAGCUUAGAUCUGAGCACCCAUUACUACCGGAUCAAUCGCCAUGGAGCCAAAGUCUUUCACAUAGUCCUUCAGUAUACGGCUGGGCUCCAUAGCAUAGCUAUCUGGGGUAGCAUGGUUUAAACAAUAAAGUACCGAAUGGACCGGUGUUCGGAUAAUUGACUGCAGGUAGGAGAAGGGAGGUCGGCGGCUCAGUGGUGUUCAUGACUUUAACAGUCCUCAGAAAGGCACGAACCAGCCUUUUUGCAGGGCAAAAGAACAGUGUUAAACAUGGGGCCAUAGUCUAAGGGGAGCAGGCGAGCAACCAGGCUCCUCCAGUGGCCAGUGGCGAGGUUGGUUCCGCCACAUCCAACCUCUAUUUAAGGCAGUCCUCUGCCUCCUAAUUCAGAUUAUUCCAUAUUUGAUAGUGUUGAAAAAUACUCCACUAGACAAGCAGAGGUAGAGAUCACCAUAUAAUAAGUGUCUUUUAGAACAGAAUUGUAGAUUAUGCUAACAUAGUGUACCUAUAAUCUUAAUUUUAAUAAUGACAGGAGACGAGUAUUUUGCGUUAACUUUCUUUACUUAUGCUUCCAGCAGCACAAGUCAAUCAAUCAAAAAACUUUAACAUCAAUCAGAGUCCAGCACAUCCUGUAUAUAAGUCCCUGACAGGCGUCUCAUUUCCUCUUUUUUUUAUGUAAAAACUGUUUAUGGAACUUCCGGGAAUACAACGAAAACUUUAACGAAUUUGAACACUGGUAACUUGUGUUGUAAAACUUGAGAGAAUCCUGUUAAUCUAGUUUCUGCAUCAUGACGUGAUGUUAUGCUGAAAAAGACAGAAAUAAGUGAAAGGUGGUGGAAAAUAACUGUUGUCCACAUAUAAGUAUACUCAUAAUCUUUGGAGUUUAUAAAUGUACCUCGUUUAGUACUCAUUGAUGAAACAUAACAAAAUGUCCAGAUUAUAUAAGGUCAUAAUUUGUAAUUCAUUGGAUGAAUAUCUAGUGGUAUGCAAGCUAAGCGUCCUAUAGAUCAGUAUUACCUAUAUCAUAUAUAAUGUAUAGCAUGAGAUUAACAAUCAUAAUCAGAAAAAAAAACUAAGAGUAUAGGGAGGGACAGAAAAAGAAAUCCCCCCCCCAAAAAAGGGGGGGGGGAAAUACUCGCCUCCUGUCAUUAUUAAAAUUAAGAUUAUAGGUACACUAUGUUAGCAUAAUCUACAAUUUUAUCACAUGACAGGAGGCUUCCUAUUUUGCAUUUUUAACGCUGAGGCAAAAACGAUAAGGACGCGUGUGAGGAUUGGCGGAAAUAGAAAACCCUGAAGGUAUUUUCUCUGGUCCAAUCCGCUGUACGUAAAAUGUCCGUCAAGGAGGCCCCCGCCGAGAAAGCCCUAGAAGCCGCCUCUCCUCGAACCGAAUGGGCCCCGAAACACACUUCUACCCCGGCUAGGGAUAAUAGCCAUCGUACCCAUCUGGCCAACGUGGUAGUGGUAACGGGUUUGUAUGGUUUGGCAUAUGAUAUUAACAGUUGUCCCGAUCUGGAAGAGCGAAAAGAUGCAGUAACCUCUACAUAACGGAGUAAAGUGUUGACGACACAGAGGCGAGGAACCGUCAGGAAAAAAGGAUAGGACACAGACCUGGAGUCCGUCUUGGUCCUGCGGGAUACAAAAAACGUAACGCCGCCUGGGGUUAUAGAAAACCCGUCCACGUCGACUGCGCGAACAUCCGAAACACGACAGAAGGAAACUAGACAGAGUAGCAGUGUCAGUUUGGCUGCUAGUUGCUGUAGUGAUAGAGCCGGAUUAUGCGGCCAGUCACGGAUGAAACGAAUAACCAAAUCCACAUCCCAUAACCGGUUAUAUUUAGAUGCCGGUGGUCUGGAUAACUUGAUGCCCCGUAGUAAGCGACAUAUCAAGGCCUCCUGGCCUACUGGGAUACCGUUAACUGGAACAUGAGCCACGAGAUAGCGGAGCGUGUAACAUUACUAGAACGGUAUGAUCUUCCUGUAGAGAAUAGGUUGGAUAGGAAAUUUAGUAUGGCAGGAACAGGUGCUGUAAAGGGAUCGAGACCCCUUUCCAUACACCAGCGAUUCCAUGUAUUCCAUGCUGACAUGUAUCUACGCGUGGUACCUGGUGCCCAUGAAUCCCAGAGUAGGUUUUUAGUCAUUUGCGAUAGGUCUUAGACUGCUCAAGCUCCCCUGAAAGAGUCCAGGCCACUAAUUCCAGGCGUUCCUGAAGGAUUAGUGGAUGAGGUUCCCCUUCCGGAUUCGUGAGGAGCAGGGGAAAUGAUGGUAGGACCAGUGGAUGAUCCUGUGACAAUGCCAGAAAGUCUGGGAACCAUGCCUGACUUCUCCAUAAUGGUGUUAAUAGUAUCAUCGAUGUCUAGGACAUGCGUAGUUUGUGAAGCACUCUUGCCAAAAUCGAAAACGGUGGGAAUGCAUAGGCUCCAAUCGGGGGCCACUGUUGUAGAAAUGCGUCCACCGCUUUGCUCGGCGGGUCCGGUAGCCAGCUGUAGUAUCUCGGUAGUUGGGUGUUUGUUCGUGAGGCAAAGAGGUCUAUGUGUAGGGGUCCUCUGAUCGCUCUCACCAUGUUGAAAAUUGAUGUGUCUAGGUGCCAGUCGCUGCUGUCCCGCCAGUGUCGGGAGAACCAAUCCGCCGUGAGGUUGUUGAACCCUGGUAGGUAUUCCGCCCUGAUAGUUAUGUUGCGGGGCAGACAAAACCGAUAAAUGUCCUUCGUAGCCUCCGUCAGGGCUCGCGACCUGGCUCCGCCCAAGUGGUUUAUGUACUGGACUGCGGAUAUAUUGUCCAUGCGUAGGAGUAUGCAGCAAUUGGACAUGUGUUUGGCCAGGCUGCAUAUCGCAAAUGAGCCUGCUAUCAGUUCUAGACAAUUGAUGUAUAGUAGUUUCUCUUCUCCUGACCAAGGUCCCCCUGUGGAUGCAUGUGCGCAAUGGGCUCCCCAGCCCCAAAGGCUGGCGUCCUAUUCCAGUAUGAAGUCCAGGUUCGGUCCGAAUAUGGCUCUGCCGUUCCAGGCUUCCAUGUGAAAGAGCCACCAACGAAGUUCCGUCCGUACCUCCGCGGUUAUCGUAACCCCUUGGUCGUAUGAGUGUCCUAGUCUCAGGUGGUGAGCUUUCAAUCUUUGCAUGGCCCGGUAGUGGAGAGGUCCUGGGAAGAUUGCUUGUAUGGAGAUCGACAGUAACCCGACUAUCCUGGCCAGGAGGCGUAGCGAGAUCAUGUCCUUCCGCAGAACCCAUCGUAUCUCUUUUCGAAUAUUCACAAUUUUCAAUUUGGGAAGGCGUAGGAUGCAUGUUAUCGAGUCUAUCUCGAAUCCUAGGAACUGGACGGUUCUCGAUGGAGAGAGUGAUGACUUUUCUCUGUUCACAAUGAAGCUUAAAGGACCACUAUAGUGCCAGGAAAACAUACUCGUUUUCCUGGCACUAUAGUGCCCUGAGGGUGCCCCCACCCUCAGGGACCCCCUCCCGCCCGGCUCUGGAAGGGGGAAAAGGGUAAUAACUUACCUUUUUCCAGCGCUGGGCGGAGAGCUCUCCUCCUCCUCUCCGCCUCCGUUACGCCCCGCCGGCUGAAUGCGCACGCCGCAGCUGCGCGCGCAUUCAGCUGUCUCAUAGGAAAGCAUUUACAAUGCUUUCCUAUGGACUGCUGAUGUUCACAGUGAGAAGCACGCAAGCGCCUCUAGUGGCUGUCAAUGAGACAGCCACUAGAGGAUUAGGGGGAAGGCUUAACCCAUUCAUAAUUAUAGCAGUUUCUCUGAAACUGCUAUAAUUAUGAAAAAAUGGGUUAACCCUAGAAGGACCUGGCACCCAGACCACUUCAUUAAGCUGAAGUGGUCUGGGUGCCUAGAGUGGUCCUUUAAGGAUUCCAGAAAGCGCACUAUAAAUCUCGUUUGAGAUCGAAGUCUGGACGCGCUUUCGCAAAAUAUCAAUAUGUCGUCCAGGUAUAUCAGGCAACAGAUACCUUUUGCUCUUAGAUGCGCCAUGGCUGGCUUCAGCAGUUUUGUGAAGCACCAAGAGCCUAGAGAAAGGUGUUCUUGAGGAUGGGAAGAAGGCUUGUGCCGUCUGAUUCCUGGGGCCUGUGGGCCAGAAGCAGCUGGUGGCUCGGCCCCUCUGGUGACCAGCCCUGCCGAAAACCCCUCUGUGUGGUGUGAGGUUGCAGAAAACCUGUUUAAUAGAGGUUUGUGCUUUACUUAAAGUAGUGAACAAGUUCACAUGCUUCUUUAAUUCGCUGAUGAAUGAAUCUCCAAAGAGUUGGCCAUUCGACUGAGGUCCCAUUCCUUCUUGCCCAGAUCUAGGAGUUUGGAGUCCAUCUUUAGUAAUGCAGCCUUGCGUCUCUCUGCGCAUAUGGUGAUGUUUGUGUUGCCCAACAUGCAGAUAGCUCGUUGUGCCCAUUCUCGGAUGUCGUGGGCAUCUAAGGCAGUGCCCCUUGUGAGGGCCAGAUCCGCGAAGUAUAGGAUCUUUGCUAAUGGACUGAGCAUGUCCAGUAAUUUAUCUUGGGAGGCCUUCAGGCCCUUCUCAAUGCCUUUACGUGGGUCACGGCCUGCUCGUGACAUGAAUAAAACCACAGUGGUAUUGAAUUCCGGGGUGUGUCUGGUAGUAUGGGUCUUGGGCAUUCGGCCCCUAGUCUUGCACGCACCUCCUUCUCCAUUGGUUUUUUUUUCAGCCAGAAAUGGAUGAAUUGGGCCAGGUGUUCUGGCAGACCCCAUUCUGACGACCUUGGGUGGCGGAUCGUACGAGGGUCGAACAUAGGCUUGCCUUGGGGGUCUAGGAAAGAGUCCUCCUCUGGCCUGUCUGAUGACAUGGUCUUCAUCUUCGGAGGAUGUCAUCUGAGGGGUUGAUGGGCCUCGGCGUUCUGCCUGUCGGCGCCUCUUUAAUGGGGCCUUUCCCUUUGAUUUUUGGGGGCCUGGGCCAGUGCCCUUCCAGUGUCGUUUAGAUGUGGCGAUCUUCCCUGUAGACCUAUCUGUGUCUUUCAUGUCUGUGUCCCCUUUCGGGUUUUGGACCAGUAACUUGGCGAUAGCCUUUUCCAUUGAGGCUGCCACGGGCGUGUUAAUCAUCGACAGAAAGUCGGGUGGGGUUGAUUGUGGUGAUUCGCUCAUAUUGUGGCAGUAGGUCUCUCUGUCUGUGGACAGGAUAGGUUCAGGUACAGAAGUAGGUGAAUAAUAAUAAUAAUAAUAAUAAUAAUAAUAAUACAGUGGGCUUCCACUUACGACCGGGGUUCACCUAGUGUCGUCAAAUAGACACAAACCACUUGUUGGUAGAUAUAUAUCUGUAUAUAUGUGUUAAGACACUCACCGCCAGGUAGAUGAAGCCGCCGUUUAGUGAAUAAUCCCCUUCUCCAGAAAUGCAGUUUAUAUCCAGCCGACCGCCAAACUCCCGAACGAAGUUCACGAACACGGCAACUCCCGAUCAGCAAAACAGUCGAACGCCUUCCACAGCUAAAAAUAACGAAAGCGCUGUCCCAGUAGUAAUUCCCCCACAAACGAGACCAAGCUCCGUCUUGAGGGUCAAAUAAGGUUCUGUUUAAUGGGGGCUACCUGCCCGGUAUUUAUGCAGGUCUCCACAAGGUGGACACUCCCCGAGGGGACCUUGUGGAAGACUGUAAAACAUAUUGUACAGUAGCCAAUCGCAGUGGCUUCAAUAUAAGCCCUUCCCAUCUUACCCAUAAAUCCGUCUUCUCUACCUGGGAGAUAAUUGGGAAGAAACCUAAUUAUCUCCUAGGAUAGAGACCAUCGCCAUUUUAAAAUACAGUAAUAAAAAUACAUUAAAAUACAUAACUUAGAAAAUACCGAAUGAAUAUAGUUCGUAUAACGUAUCCCCAGACAGCCUGGAUCUGAGUGCAUAUUUCUACCGAAUAGCGCUCAGAUCCGAUGUAUCUAGUCGAAUCGCCAUGGAGUCCAAGUCUUUCACCAGUCCUUCGGUAUACGAAUGACUCCAUGGGACGGCUAUCUGGGUAAAGGUCCAUACGAAUGCAUAAAACUCCCGAACAGACCGGCGUUCGUAUGCCUCGCCGAAAUAGAAGGGGAGGCAUCAGCUUCCAGCGGUGUUCGGUAGAUUAAAGUGUCCGUUUUUAGUUCCAUAGAAUUUGUACCGAACACCGCUACGCUUUCUCGUGUCCCAAAAUGGCCGCUGCCUCGUGGUCGACAUGUGGCAUUUUGUAAUUUCACGAACAGGGGCAUACGAACAGGGAAUCCAGCGAAAUAAAGGGGAAACAGAUGAACCAGCAAUAUAGGUGAAUCUGUCACAAUAUGUAUCUAUAUGGGCUAGGGAGGGGGUCACCCUCUGUGAGACCGGGAUGAGCGGUCAUGUAAUCGGGACUGAGCCCGUCCAGGGCAUGUAGCCCUUAUUAUGAUUUGGGGGUCACCCAAUAAGUAUAGUCCAGUGGAGCCUUAGUGAAGUACGCUCUGCCUCCUUGGUGAUUAGGAGGUACUUACGGGUCACCCCAGUCGUAGUGUGGAGGGUGCCUGUAUCAUGUAUGUAAAAUUUAUCGUGGGGGGGUCACCCCUGAAUUGCUUAUGCCACUGAUUCCACGUAAUUCACGUCUGGGGGUCACCCAGCAUAGGGGUGGUCACCCCUGUAAUAGUAAUAAUAGCAGUGAGUGUGGGGGAUCACCCCACUAUGAGGGGUCACCUCUGGUAUAACACUCCAUGGGAGUGUGAGAUAUAUAUAUAUAUAUAUAUAUUUAUAUAUAUAUAUAUAUAUAUAUAUUUAUUGAGUCCCAGAAACCAGUGUACUGUUCAGAGUGACUCAAUCCUUAGUAGCAUGUAAAACUGUAGUAUUGAAUCAGGAUAUUGAUGGGCAGCCUGUGAUUAGUGAGUGUUGGAGAGAAACUAGAUCGUGUGAAUCACGAUCUGGUAGGAGACAAAGAUGGGCGACUCGGUCCGCGAGAUCCAAUAUGGCCGCAGAUCGCGCACAAAUAUUGUCAGCGCGAUCCGCGAUCGUGAGCCGUGAUCGCGGCUCGCCGGGCGGUAAACUGAGUCCCAGAGCUCCCACAGCCCACUCAACCCCACAGAGAGAACAGUCCCUUCCUAAUUGAGAAGGUCGCGAUCGCGGUAAACUGCCGCGAUCGUGGAGAAAAGGUGGCAGGGAAGCAGGAUAGCUGUCAGAGGGGCAGAUAGAACGGAGGGUUAGCGGAGCAUCUAGUGAGAGCAGGGAAAGACAGUAACAAUCUAGAUGUCAUAUAUACAAUUUAAGUAGUGUAAAUGGAUAAUUUUGAUAAAAUGAUGAGUAGAGAACAAAUUACUUUGACCUGUGCCUUGGCUGGAGCAGCAAAGAAAAAGGAAAUGAGACGCCUGUCAGGGACUUAUAUACAGGAUGUGCUGGAUUGGUUAAAGUUUUUUGAUUGAUUGACUUGUGCUGCUGGAGGCAUAAGUAAAGAAAGUUAAUGCAAAAUAGGAAGCCUCCAGUCAUGUGAUAAAAUUUGAAUUGAAUGAUGUCUGUUGCAAGCAACUCUGCAGAAUUGUACUGGCCAACCUAAUUUAAGUUAGUUCAAUUUAUUUGAAUUUUUUUUUUUUGAAAAAUAAAAAUAAAAAAUCAAAUGGAUCAAAAUGUGAAAGAAAUGGAUUGUCUAGUUUCAUCUCUGAACACACACUAUUUUCAAAGUUAAGACCACAGGGAAAAAAAACCAACACAUUGGUACUAGAAAAAACCUUGCACAUAUUUGAGAGGAUUGUUGGCACACUUGCAGCUUGUACCACCACCCUCCUGAAAUACAAGUCAUUAUUAGAAUAAACCAUUAAAAUAAAGUAGUUUUAAUGUGCACUACGCUGCAUGUUUAUAUAGAUAUUGAAAGGGAAGAAUAGUCACACUUGGGCCAAAGUGCAAAGAACUGGACUUUAAACUACCUCGUGGUUUAUCUACAAUAACUAACACCUUGUAAUGUGUUUGCAGGACUGGGUGGUACCAAUGAUCAUGAGAUUGCAGUCAUUGACAUGAUGAAUGAUGGAGUGGAGGAUCUCAGGCAAAAAUACUACAAAUUCCUAUUUUUAGACAAUGUAGGUAAUCUGGUCGGGGAGAGAAAAUAGAAACAGGGAUUAUGGAGAUUUGCAUGGUUUUAAAAAAAAGAGACUAUUUGAGUAGAUAAAAAUAUAUUUAACUUUUCUGGAAAUUAAUAAUAUACCAUAUAUUUCAUGCAGGAAUCAAAUAAGGAAAAAUACCAGCAGGAUGUUUCUAGUAUACUGACAGCUUUUGAGAAAGUCCUUUCACAAAAUCCCAAAGGACCAAAUUUCCUGGUUGGAGAUAAAGUAAGUAGUCGAGAAGGGUGGUCUAUCAAGGAUAUUGGCUUGUAUAGUAUUAUUUUUAAUUCCCACCUGUAAUCUAUAAUUUCAUUUACAGAUUUCCUAUGCUGAUUAUAACCUCUUGGAUACCUUGCACUGCAACCUUGACCUCUCAUCAGAAUGUCUGUCCUCAUUUCCACUUCUCUCAGCAUAUGUUGACCAUCUCGUGUCCAGACCAAAACUCAGAGUAUACUUGGAAUCUGAUGGACGCAAGAGACGUCCUAUAACUCCCAAACACAAGUAGACAAAAUAUCAGUAACUGUUAAUCAACAUUAAAUACCAAUUGAUCUUUGAUUGUGUUUUAUUUAUCAUCAGUUAUAUAGUUAUUCCAUAGA